AUGUGGGUUCACCUUCUUUUAAUAGGAACAGCCCUGAGUGCACCUUUAGCUGAUUUAGUAAAAAAUCGUCCAGGGCUCCCAGCAGACUCUCCACCUAAUUUCGAUACAUAUUCUGGUUAUCUUAACAUUCCUAACUCAAAUGGAAAAUCAUUACAUUACAUCCUCGUUGAAAGUCAAAAUAACCCAGCGACUGAUCCUUUGCUACUAUGGCUUAAUGGAGGCCCAGGCUGUUCUUCACUAGACGGCUUUAUCUAUGAGCAUGGCCCUUAUGUAUUUCCAGACGAAGGCACUACUCUUUUUAAAAAUCAAUGGUCUUGGAAUACCAAUGCUAGUGUCAUCUACCUUGAAGCACCAGCUGGGGUGGGCUGGUCCGUUAUGGGAGACCUUUCUAACAAUAGCACAGACGAUGAAAUCACUGCCCACGACAGCCUUCAAGCAAUUUUACAAUUUUUCAGGAAAUUCCCUGAAUACAGAUACCACGAUUUUUACAUCUCAGGAGAAAGCUAUGCAGGCAUUUAUGUCCCUACGCUAGCAUACAAUGUCCUUAUGUAUAACAACUAUAGUCCUCACAAUAGCAUUAACCUAAAAGGCAUUGCUGUUGGAAAUGGAAUUACAGAUUGGAAUGUGGACUCUACCCCAGCCUUUAUGAAACUAGCCUGGACCCAUGCUCUUAUUGGCUAUGAAUGGUAUGAAAAAUUAGUCGCUGAUUGUGACAAUCUCAAUGACUGGAGCAGUGAAGCCUGCAAUAAUGACGUUUAUUAUAUAGAAGCCACUCUUCUAAACAAUAUUAAUAUUUAUGAUGUAUAUGGCCCUUGCAUUUAUCAUAACUCGACACAAGCACAGCUGGACAAUAAUAGAUACCUGAAAUUUGUAUUAGAUCAAAAUCCAAAUUUGGGAAUAAUCCCUCCAUGCUGUGCAUGGCAAGGCGCUUAUGAGUAUCUCCAAAGCCAAGCUGUAAGGACUGCUUUUAAUAUACCGAAUAGUGUACAGCAGUGGACUUUUUGUGUGAAUUUGGACUAUCAGGAUGACUAUCUUCAUGGCUCAGUCUAUAUAUAUCCUUACUUGAUACGUGCAGGGCUACGAAUUUUGGUCUACUCAGGAGAUGUCGAUGGGUCAGUACCAUUUAUAGGGACAAGGGAAUGGAUUAACAGCUUAAAUUUAGAUGUGAAACAAAGUUAUGCUUCUUGGUAUGUUGAUGAACAAGUCGCUGGAUAUUAUAUAGAAUAUGAAGGGCUGACUUGGGUAACUGUAAAAGGAGCAGGACAUAUGGUGCCACAGUGGAAAAGACCUCAAGCUUGGCAUAUGAUUAAUUCUUUCUUAAGUGGAGUUUCACCAUAA